AUGGUGAUGGAGAAAUCAAAACGAGCGCGCGCGAGCGAUGCGGGCGGGAAAGAGGCGAAGAAGGCUGCGGGGGCGAACGGACAAGCGGCGGCGACAAUGGCGGAGGAGAAGCUAGCGGAAUUCGUGGAGAAGAUGCGGAAACUGCACGAGGAGAUCGAGGAGGUGACGGACAAGGCGACCGAGGAGGUGCUGGAGGUGGAGCGCUCGUUUGUGUCACAACGCCGGAGGCCUCUGUACGAUAAGCGCAAGGCCGUGCUCGAUAAGAUCCCGCACUUCUGGCAAAACGUGCUGUGCAACUGCGGUGCCAUACGGCACAGCACGGUGGAGCAGGAUGUGAAGGUGUUGAAGCACCUCACGAGUCUAGACGUGGAGGAAUGCAAGGAGGAGGGCGAUAUCGGUUACACCAUCACCAUGACGUUCAGUCCGAAUCCGUUUUUCAGCAACGAGACCCUCACACGGGCGCUGAUAAUGCAGGAUGAGCUCACUCUGCGCGUCACAGGCACUCGCAUCAACUGGAAGGAGGGGCAGGUGGGUUGGGAGGAUGAGAUCACUCUGCGUGUCACAGGCACUCGCAUUAACUGGAAGGAGAGGCAGGACUACAGUCACUACACAGCAGCAGGCAUCAAGGCAUAUGUGGACGAUGAGGAGGAGGAGGCUCACCCUUUCACCCACAUCGCUUCCUUUCUCACGCCCCUCUCCUCUCAACCCCUUUCUCACGCCCCUCUCCUCUCAACCCCUUUCUCACGCCCUCCUCUCAACCCCUUUCUCACGCCCCUCUCCUCUCAACCCCUUUCUCACGCCCCUCUCCUCUCAACUCUCACCUCGCAGGACUACACAGCAGGCAUCAAGGCAUAUGUGGACGAUGAGGAGGAGGAGGAGGAGGGGAAGGAGGGGGAAGAGGGCAAGGAGCAGCUCGUCAGCUGGAUAGCAUUUGGGGACGACGACCCCAUCUCUGUCGCGAAUGACGAUAUUGGGAAUGCCAUUCGGGAUGAUAUCUGGCCAAACCCUAUCAAGUACUACCACAAGGAGGGCGUGCGGCCACGAGAGGAGGUGGAGGAGGACGAUGACGAGCCUGAGUUUGGGUUUGAGUACAGUGGGGAUGAGGAGGAGGGGGAGGAGGGAGAGGAAGGAGAGGAAGGAGAGGAGGGCGAUGAUGAUGAGGUACGUUGUGAGACUGGUGGGUGUGUGUGA